AUGGGCAAUCGUCAUAGCCAAUCUUACUCCCUGCCAGAAGGCAGUCAACAGUUGCCCAAAGGGCAGGCCCUACCCUCGGCAGAUCUGCAGCCUCUCAGCCACCCAUCAGGGAGUGGAGAGCCAGAGUCCCACCAGCCUGCCAAAGGGAAGAGUCAUCAGGGCUUGGGUGCCGGUCGAGAUAACAAAGCAAAAAGUCAUCAACGUUUUGAUGCUGAUCAAGAUGCCAAAAAGCUGAACAAAGCCUGCAAAGGAAUGGGAACCGAUGAAGCCGCCAUCAUUGAAAUCUUAUCAAGCAGGACAUCGAAUGAGAGGCAACAAAUAAAACAAAAGUACAAGACAGCAUACGGCAAGGACCUGGAGGAGGUGCUCAAGAGUGAGCUGAGUGGAAACUUUGAGAAGACAGCCUUGGCCCUUCUGGAUCGCCCCGAGGAGUAUGCUGCCCGGCAGCUGCAGAAGGCCAUGAAGGGCAUGGGCACAGACGAGGCAGUGCUCAUCGAGGUGCUAUGCACGAGAACCAAUAAGGAAAUCAUCGCCAUUAAAGAGGCCUACCAAAGGUUGUUUGACAAGAGCCUUGAAUCAGAUGUCAAAGGUGAUACAAGUGGAAGCCUAAAAGGAAUUCUGGUCUCCCUGCUACAGGCUAAUCGUGAUGAAGGAGAUAAUGUGGACAAAGAUCUAGCUGGGCAGGAUGCCAAAGAGCUGUAUGAUGCAGGGGAAGGCCGCUGGGGCACAGAUGAGCUUGCCUUCAGUGAACUCCUGGCCAAGAGAAGCCACAAGCAGUUACGAGCCACCUUUCAAGCCUACCAAACUCUCAUCGGCAAAGACAUCGAAGAGGCCAUUGAGGCAGAAACAUCAGGAGACCUGCAGAAGGCCUACUUAACGCUCGUGAGGAGUGCCCGGGACCUCCAGGGCUACUUUGCUGACCGUCUGUACAAGUCCAUGAAGGGUGCGGGCACCGACGAGGAGACCCUCAUUGACAUCAUUGUGACCCGGGCUGAGACGGACCUUCAGGGGAUAAAAGCCAGAUUCCAAGAGAAGUACCAGAAGUCUCUCUCUGACAUGGUUCGCUCAGACACCUCUGGGGACUUCCAGAAGCUUCUGGUCGCCCUCUUGCACUGA